ACGCUGGGCUCAUGCUGUGUGCGGCGUACCGUACGCUGAUGAGACGAGACGAGCAGCACGUGAGAGCGCAGGACACGCUCAUCGUAACGUUUAUAUGGUGUGUGUCCGAUCUCCAGCUCCUGAUUGGCUGGUUCUUCUGAUCUGCACUGUUUAUGUAAGAGCGGCUGGUCACGUGACACCGGUGAUGUCACGGCUUCAGCGUUUGUGUGAUUGAGCACUGAAGGAGCGUCAGUAAACACACAUUAGAUGUGUUCUGCGUGUGAGGGUUUGAUCUGGACGUAAGGGGCGUUUGAUUGACGCCUCCAUGAGAGAGACGGGGCUGCUGGAGCUGGAGAAGAUGCCGCUGCGAAUGCUGUUCUGGGAACUGGAGCACUGCAGUUCCUCAGGAGCCAGUGUCGUGGCCAUAGACAACAAGAUCGAGCAAGCCAUGGACCUGGUGAAGAGUCACCUGAUGUACGCGGUGCGUGAGGAGGUGGAGGUGCUGAAGGAGCAGAUCAAGGAGCUGAUCGAGAGGAACUCUCAGCUGGAGCAGGAGAACGCGCUGCUGAAGAACCUGGCCAGUCCCGAGCAGAUGGCGCAGUUCCAGGCGCAGGUCCAGACCGGAUCGCCCACCUCAGGGGCCCCGCCGGCCCUCCCGCCCAACCCGGGCCCCGGACCCACCGCCUAACUACCUCUCGUGACGCGACCAACUGAACGAUACUGUGAACGGACUCCACAAUCAACAUGGCCACCGUCGGACGUCCGGCGUCUCGUACCGCACACGUUACCGUCACAGACGCUGCUUAGCAAACGUCACCCGCUUCAGACAAUCAGUACUGACCCGGAUCGGACACGCGCGCACGCGUGUCAGUAUUAGCCGAGCCGGUGACGUGAAUCGUGCUGUCGUUGCCACAUUCGACUUGUGUUUUUACGAUGUUUCCAGACGCUCCGCUGGUUUUGUUACCGGUUUUAUCGGUUUGGCUUUUAGUUUCGUUCCUCUAGCUGUAUUGAAUACAUUACGAGCACUUUGUAGUAGACACAUGUGAAUAAGACCAAACGAGCACCGCCGUGAGGACGUGAGCGACUUUUGACCCCUGACCCCUUGACCUCUGUGUUGUGUGUACAAAAAAGGCGGACUGUGAAUCAGGUUUCAGGCUCACGGUGAGGACCGACUUCCCCCGUGAGCUCGCGAACGAGUUCUGCUCUCAUUAAGUUAUUUGCCUUACAGUCCGUGGCUGUGGUCACACGUCAGUCUGUCAGUGAUCGUGACCCUUGACCCGUGACCUCACAGUAUGUGCAUGUUUCCUUCAAAACAAUGUGACGUCAUGCAGUUGCACUAAACUGUUGCACAUCGACUUUAAUAAACGACAUGGAAAUGAAACCGCUGUCCUUCUGCGUUUCUUCACUUGGAGACGAAUACCGCUAGUCUAGUAGCUAUAGGUUAUUUAGUGCUGCUAUUUAGUUCUGAGAAUGGGUGCCGUCAGAAUGAGAGUCCACACAGCUGAUGAAAACAUCACAAUCUUGAGAAGACAAAAGCUGAAACAAAUCCGUCAUUAAGACAUUUUUAACUCAAAUACGAGUUCUUAAUCUAUAAUAACGCUUCCUCCAGUGAAAAAGUGGUCUGGUCUGAAUCAGGAGAGAAAUCUGCACAGAUCAAGCACCGUUUACAAGCCAAAACAGUUCAAAACUUUAAGUCUUUUGUCUUCUCAAGAUGGUGGUGUGGAUUAUUGUUAUGUUUUCACCACAUUUAACUUUUCUUUUAACACGAUACUCGUUUUGUUGGUUCUGAGACAAUCUUGAGGUCUGUGAUGCUCCUGACCGUAGAAAGCUCUGACUGUGAUCUUUAGGUAACUUUGAGGUCACAUCAGUCAUUACUGGCGCUUACAGACGUUCUGCAGUCAUUAGUCCAGCAGUAUUUGAUGACUCACUGUACGAAAUGAAUUAUUAGUUUGUCAUUAAGAAGCUUCAUCUUCCAUCUGUUCGCUCAACAUCGGCUCAUUUACAUUGCUUUAACUCUGUAAAGCCUGACAUAUGAAAAAUUGAAAAAUCAAAUGUUUUGAAUGGUAGAGUACUUAAAAAAAUCUGAUGUAUCAUAUUUGCUCCAUUAAUAUAGUGAGAAUAUGGAGGAAAAAAACAUUGAUUUUACAUAAUUUGCUGCAGAUGCUGCAAUGUUAUGGAAUUCUGAUGCUUGUAAUGUAAAUCAGUGAGAUCUUUAUAACAGUAGAGCAGAUACUGACACAAAGUGAUGUAAAUAUCAGCGGUCUGUGUCUCCAAUAAUAUGUCUUAGUAAGAUGAGAUGUAAAUGAUCCAAACAUGUAAUGCAAUGCAAUCCAAUGAUGAUUGUGAGAUGAACAAAUAAAUGUUCCUCAAAAGA